UUCCCAAGCCAAAUCGGCUUUGGCGAUAUAACAACUGUGACCCUAGACCUGGAAUUCCCUGAGCCCGACACAUCUCACCACCAAAAAUCCUCCUAUCGCCCUCCACCUUUCCACCCUUUCACCCCGCACACGCCAGGUGUUUCUCCAAAAAGAAUAAUAAAACAAUCCAAGCAACCUCGUCCAUUCAAGUUCACCCAAACCCGAAUCGCCGUGUUUCGUACCACUCGACUACAACUACGACUACGACUACGUGCGCGUAGACCACGGACUUAGUCCAUUAUAAAUCUAUAUCACUCAAAUUUAGACAACUUGUCAUAUCAGAUGCUAUGGCAAUACGAUAUUCAGUAGACGCGUUAGUUUUCCUGCGCGAGUCGCCGUUAUGUACCAAACCAAGCACACUUCCUCCUGCGGAAGAGUGGAUGGGACCACCUCCCGAAACCUUUCGCAAUAGCCAAGGCAAUAAGCCUGGAGGAGAACGAGGUAGAAACAAUGACAACUUUCUGUUGGACCAAUCUAACCGACGACUAGGGGUCGAUCGACAUGCUUCGCGGAAUGCUGGUAAUGCCGAGGAUAUUAUCCUUGGGCCACCACGAACGACAUUCUCGUCGGCAACGCUCUCGAGAGCUAACAAACCUUUCGACAGUGAGAAGAAUCCAAAGGAAGCUGAUACCCGAGAUCGGUUUGCUUUCCGUUCUAGGAACGGCGACGCUGACAACUCGGAUCGUUUCCGUGAGCGAGAUCGCGAGGGCAGGAACAACUUUCGCCGCCGCGGCGAUGCUGACCAAGACAGCGAGGGCUGGAGCACGGUGAAGCCCCGUAAGAGUUUCGGGCACGAAGGUGCUGAACGGUUCCAUGGCCGCAUGGGUGACCGCACCGACCGCUUCGGAGGAGAUCGUCGACCACGCGACCAGGACGAUCGCGACAACAGUGAUCGACCUCGUCGAGCUUUUGGCGAAUUCAGUAAAGACAAGGAAGGGGACGAAAUCGAGAAGCCUCGUAGAAAUGGGGUGAAUAGAAACAGAGCGGAGCAACCUUGGAUGAGAGACAACGGCAAUAACGGUAAUGGCGAUGCCUCUGGGCCUCGAGGCUUUGAUCGAUUCAAAAGUUGGAGGGAGAGGAAUGAUGAUCAUCAAAGCGACCUACAUCAAGAUAAGCCAAGAGAGAGAACUUUUGAUCGAAAAUGGGAUCGAGAUCGGGAUCAUCGUCAAGAGCGUGAACCCGAAUGGCUCGAUGAACCUGCCGAGGAGCCGGCUCAAGCUCAUACGCAAGAAGAUUUCAAGAAGUUCAUGGAAAGUAUGAAGGCAGGAAAGAAUCCAGCUAAGGCUGAGCCUGCCUCUAGUUCGGCCGCCGAAGCAUCUACAGCACCGGAGAAAGUUGAGAACGAGAAGGUGAAAGUUAAAUCAGCGCCGGCUAUUGAGAUAGGACCAGACAAGUUCUUUGCCGCAUUUGGUCAGAGCACAAGCAUUGAGACGCCUGGAAAUGUUGGCGAAGCAACCAAGGAGAAUGCUGUUCCUGUUAUUAAGCCCAAGUCGGGAUCCAGGUUUCAGAAGCUUUUCUCAUCACAAGAAGAGUCAAAACGUCAGGUCGAACCCCCAACUCCUGCUGCUAGUGCACCCCCACCAAGCGAGAUGAAUCCUCUCUUAGCUAUGACCGGGGCACACCCACAGAAUGACACAGCCGAGAAGGUUGCUUUCCAAGCACUACUUCAGAAACUUCAGAAGCAGACGCUACAGGCUACCACCCCACCAUCCAGCGGGUUUGCAGAGCCUCCCCCGAACCACGCGAUUGCCUCGCCCGGCCCCUAUCAGCCUUAUAUACAAGAGCGUCGUGAGGAGCCGCUCAUUCGUGGUCCUCCACAGGGUCAGGAAAUUCCUACCCCUAGACAGCACCUAAACCCGCAAUAUGCCGGGAUGCGCUCGGAGCAGCAGGUGCUACAAGAUCUUAUUGGACAACGUCAUCUUAGCCAGAGUCAGAACGCAGGGCGCUCUGAUCAACCGUCAAGGAACAGCAACAGUAAUGCCGAGUUCCUCAUGACUCUCAUGCAAAGCGCCCGCGCAGCUCCCGAGGGCCGGGGAACUGAGCAGCUUGCUAUGAGAAUGCCGCAACCCUCUAGGCCAGCGCAGAUUCUUCCAACACCCGAUCGAGAUUUGGACUAUCAUGAGCGCGCCAUCUCGCAACACCAGGUCGGUCGCUCUACCAACCUACCCAGCUUCUUUGACGAGGCCCAGUUGCAUCACCGCGAACAAGACAGUCGCCCACAACAGCCCACCCAGAUCCUUCAACGUCAGCCCCCUCCUGGCUUGGAUCAGAUACACCCAAGCGCUUGGAUGCAAAACAGCGGACAGCAGAUGCCACCCCCUGGGCGACCUAUGAUCCCCCCUCCAGGUUUGGCAGGGAACCCGCGCAACGGUCCCAUUCCGGGAGGCUUCCCUCCCGGAAACUUCCCUAUUGGUGGAUUUCCUCCGGAUGGAAUAGCUGGUCCGCCGCGCAACAUGGCUCCACCUCCUGGCUUUUUUGGUGGACCGCCGCCGCCAGGAUUCAUACCUCCUGGAAUCCCUGGGUUCCAGGGACCGGAGAAUGUAGCAUUUGGUUUCGACCACCGCGGUAUGCCUCCUCCGCCCGGUGCUUUCCGCCGAAACUAGGAACUAGGACUUCUCUGAGGAUAGUAAUGUCGGUCAACCAACGCUGAAUAAUAAACAUUAUCCUGUACCAACCCUCUCGCAUGUGAACUCGGAUGAAACGUCUCGUUACACCUUG